AUCAAAAGUUCUUAUGCAGAGAACUCAAACCACAAAAAAUGAAGACAUGUCUUGCUUCCUUCUCAACUCAAUAAGGGAUGGCUGCUAUGGAAUCAUAAUAGUGGAUUGAAGAGGCAAUAAGGUGGACACGUGUCAAGAAGAGUUUGGAAAAGUUGCAGGCCGUUAGUGAGCUGGUGCAGGAGCGUAGCCAGCUAGUUGGGGUCUUCGUUGUCGUUUUGGGGGGAGACAUUUUGAGGGAGUAGAUGGUGUUUUUCAGGGGUGGGUUUUUUUAGGAGAUAUUUUUAGAGAGGUUUUCAUCUUUAGCUUGGGUAGCAAGCUAGAGGGAGGGAGAAGUUGUUGUCUGAGGAGGGUAUUCCGUGGGCUGGUUUGAGAGAGAUAUUUUUGAGUUGCAGAGAGCUUGGGAGGAGAGUUUUAGCUAGAGAGGGAGCAAACUCGGUUUCUAGAGGGGAUUCCUUUAGCUUGGGCAGCAAGUUGGAGGGGGGAGAGAGAGCGUAUUGAGAGGGAGGUGAUUUUUUUACAGAGAUAUUUUUUUUUUUUUGAGGGUGAUGUCUUCGCUGCUGUUUGGAGAGAUAUUUUGGGCAGUGAGAGGUUAGCUUGAGAUGUAAGUCUUGUUGAGGGAGUACAUGAGAGAGAGUUUUGAGAGGUUACAGAGGGAGGGCGCUGCAGUGUGGUUACCCGAGGAGUAAGAUUGCUUGGGUAAAGGGAUAUCAGUUGUAUUUUCUUGGAAGAGAAACCCAGUCAGAGACAAGAAGAAACACGCAGGGGAAGAGCCUUGAAAAAAGGAGGCUUAGAUAUUAUUUCUAUAGGUUAGCUUUUCCACGUUCAUGCCAUUUUAUUGCAUUAUCUGGGUAUCAUGAGAUUCUAUUUUGGUGUUUGAAUGUAUUUAUUGGGGAUUUUAGUUUGUUUUUUAUUUUUAUUUUUAUGGAAUUUGAGCUUGUUUGCACUUGCCUUUGAUUUCUAAUCUGUUUUAUGUCCCCUGUUUUGAGAUUAUGAGAUAUUGGCAUUCAUGUCUUAAUUUUGUUUUAAAACUCAUUUGAAAUCUGCUUUGACCCACUCCUACGUCUAAGCUCAUUGAUUGAUACGUGAAAUGAGGUUGGUGGGGGUUCAUUUGGUUCCCAUUAUUUGUGUUCUGUUUGCUGUUUUCCUCUGUUCCUGUUGCUUGGCUGUAGACCGCAUCAGAUUUCCCAUCUCUGCCUGAAGAGGUAAGGUACUGCAAGAAAUAUGUUCUCAGUCCAUGGGUAUGAAGAGUUGCAACACACUUAUCAUGGCUAGGUGACUUUAUGCAUGUAUUUGUUGGGCAUCAUGUUUGGUCUGGUCGUUUUAAUCGAAAUGCUUCUGAGAGAGUUCAGAUGAAGAAGAUGAAGUGCAUGAAGUAGAUGAGCAUAUUAACCUGACCAAGGAGUUGGAGGAUGUGCAUUUAGGAGAGAAAGGCUCUCCCCACACGGUAGACAACUCGGUCUUGGGCUUGGAUGAGGGUGUUGAAGUUAGAAUGCCAAGUGAUGAGUUUGAGAGAAGUUCAGGAAAUGAAGAAAGCACAUUUAUGCUAUCGAAGGUUUCUCUUGGUACUGUAGAGGAACAAGGUGCUUUUGGUGGGAUACAUGAAGGACAAAGCCCUCAACUUACUGAUGGCUCUCCUCAAGUGAGCAUUGAUGGUUCUGGCAGGAGGGAUGAAGACGCAGGAAAGGCAAUCCAAGAUUUAGUUAUACAGCCGGUUAAUGGUCCUCAUACCUCGGUGGCAUCUAAUGUUUUGAAUUCUGUGGAUGCUUCUAUUAGUUCUAGUCAGACUUCACUGCAUCCCGCUCCCUCUUCUGUUAAUGUGGCCAUGCAUUCCUCAUAUGGGAAGGCGGUUACGUCUACUGUAUCUGCUACUCCAGAUUGGCUCCAUACAGAUGCCUCUCCAUCUACAUCCCCAAGUUGGUUCAUCACUUACCCAUAUACACACAUCAUAGCCUCCUCUCUUCCAGUUUGGUCAACUCAGAUAUACAUCACCUAUCUCCCAAGGAAUUCUACCACUGGCUCCUCAACCAAUGUCUUUUGUUCAGCCCAAUGCCCCUGCCCAUUUUACAACCAAUCAGAAUCCUGAAGGUUGGCUUUUCCACGUUCAAGCCAUUCAAAACACUAAGAUUGACGUAGUGUCCCUUCCAAUGGACAGUCAACUUGGUCUUGUUCCAAGGAGCUUGGAUCUGCCACAGGACAACGCAUCAAAAGAAGUAGUCAUUGCCCCUGAGAGUAAGUGCAAACAGUAGUGUUAUGACAAGUCAUGCCCUAGCUGAUAUGUCCAUAUUGUUGAACACAAUAGUAGGUAUGAAUUAGGACUCCAAGUGACAGAUCAAGGGCAUCAUGAAACAAUUAAAAAGAACUACAUUUCCUUGUCCAAUGCCAGAGAAUCUGAAGGCCUGCCACGAAAUGGAUCCACAUCAUCCCAAUCUUUUUCAAGGGACAGAGAUUUAAGUGGGUCAAAGGCUCAGGGCCCAAUAUUUGCUGGUAAAGGCAAAAAAUAUAUGUUCACAGUUAAGAAUUCUGGGCCAAGAUCAUCAUUUCCAGUUCCUGAGUCUUCUCGGGCAGAUUCUAGUGGAUUUCAAAGGAAACCAAACGAAU